AUGGACGGCAGAGGUGCGACCUCAGCGAUACAGCUACGCAAUCGAGAUGCUUUCAAGACGCCGAACCUCAGUAAGCCUCCGGCGAAGGCAGUCACCAUCUCUGCAGCUGCAGUCUUCAAGAAGCGAAAGCUCGACACAGCCCAACUACGAUCCAGCUCCCGCAGCCCACAGAAGUCGACGGUGAAGAAGAUGAACAAGAAGAGACCGGAAGAAGAGGUGCAUGCACUCGCCUUGGCUUUCAAAGAGACAAGUGAAGAGUACCGCCGCCACCUCUACUCUACCGCUGUUGCCAAGAUCCGCAAGGACCUCGACACACUCCUAAACAAAUUAUAUGAAAGCAAUCUCCAAGUCGCCUCCUCGGACCCUACCAACAGUGGCUCCCAAGCUUCGCCACUCAAGCUCACCGCGCCCGCCAAGUACCAGCGCAUCGUUCAGAAGCUCUGCAACCCUCUCUCCGGCUACCGCUACAAUUUUCAGAGAAUAAAGACCUCGGGCGAGAUCGAGCGUGUUCAGACAACCUUGUACGACCGAUUCCAGUCAUUCGAAGAGCACAUGCGAGCCGAGAUGCAGCAGAUCAAGGAGUUGCAGCGUCAGUGGGAAGGCGUUGUGGCCGAGGUCUUCCAGCUAGGCAUUGCCUGUCUGGGCGAGAAUGAUAUAGCAGCUCUGUUGUCUACUGCUGAUACUGAUGUGAACGAUUUCUCCCCUGCGUCCAAGGCUGAGUCGACACCCUUCGUCCCUGAGCAUGACAGCUCAGCUAAGGGAAAGGGAAAGAGGAAGCGUGUGUCCUUCGCUGGCCCGGAUAUGAUAAGCCUGUUCCCAGGAUUCCUGUUUCAGACAUCAGGGCACCAGAAGAAGCCGAUUCCUGCUAUUCCUGAUCUGCCUUCGGGAGAGGUUCAGCAACUCGAAGGGAAGAUCGCAGGUCUGGGAAAGCAGCAUGUCGCGGAUUUGCAGCGACUGGAGAAGGAGCAUAAGGCGUGGUGGGAGAGAAAGCAGAACCAGCUUGCACAUACCUUCCUGCAAGACUGAGUAUCAGGAUGCACUUCGUUCCACUGUUUGCUUACGUUACGUAGCGUUCUAUGGGCGACGAGUGUGGGGCUUUACAUAUUCAGUCGGAUGUGCAGUGGGAGGGCUUGACGUACAUAUCUAUCUUACGCCCUGUGUGAGCUGUGCGUAGGGCAGAAGCUACCACUGACAUAUCAAGACAAGUCAACAUAUACUCAAG